AUGUCUUCUAGCUCCAUACCUCACUUUCUCUGUGAUUUCAUUUUCUACACUUCUGAAAGGGGCUAUAAAUUCAAUUCAGUGUAUUCUUGCAUAUUCAGAAGGGAGUUUCUGAGUAUAAUGGAGAUUAGCAAUAAAACCAUAUCAAAAAUGGAAGAUUAUGAAGUAAUAGAACAAAUUGGAAGAGGGUCUUUUGGAGCUGCAUUUCUUGUUCAUCAUAAAAAUGAGAAAAAGAAGUAUGUUUUGAAGAAGAUUCGCCUCGCUAAGAAAACUGAAAAAUUUAAGCAUGCUGCCCGCCAAGAGAUGGAUUUGAUGGCGAAGCUAAAUAACCCCUACAUAGUCGCGUACAAGGAUGCAUGGGUCGAAAAGGACUGCUGCGUGUGCAUUGUGACAGGUUACUGUGAAGGUGGAGACAUGGCAGAGAUAAUCAGAAAAGCUAGAGGAAUAUUUUUCCCUGAAGAGAAAAUCUGCAAAUGGCUAACUCAAUUACUUCUUGCUGUGGAUUACCUUCACUCUAAUCGCGUCCUUCACAGGGAUCUUAAGUGCUCAAACAUUUUCCUUACAAAAGACAACAAAAUCAGACUUGGUGACUUCGGGCUUGCAAAACUGCUUAAUAAAGAUGAUCUUGCUUCAUCGGUUGUUGGAACUCCAAACUACAUGUGUCCAGAAAUACUAGCAGAUAUACCAUAUGGUUACAAAUCAGACAUAUGGUCCUUACGUUGUUGUAUGUUCGAAAUAGCUGCCCAUGUACCUCCAUUUCGAGCUGCAGACAUGGCUGGACUAGUGAACAAAAUAAACAGAUCAACUAUUUCUCCUCUUCCAACAGCAUACUCCUCGACUCUGAAGCAAGUGAUUAAAAGCAUGCUUAGACGAAGCCCUGAACAUAGGCCUACAGCUGCAGAACUAUUAAGGCAUCAGCAUUUGCAGCCAUAUCUUGCUCAAUGUAGCAAUUUAUCACCUGUCUUUCUUCCGGUGAAAUGUGAAAUCGAGUCAAAGUGCAAGACAACAAAGGCCAAGUUUCCUGAAAAACCUACAUCGGAGAAAGACCGAAAACCUAGAACGAAAGGAAUGGUGAAAAGGUCAAAAGACGUUUCAGACACAGAGAGAAAGGCAGAUUUGCCCACUUCCUUAAAAGUUCCAAAACAUAAUAUGAAAAAUCAGGCAGCAGAUCCAACAAGUUGCUUAAAUCAAGUACCUAAAUUGGAUGUGAGAGUCGAAAAAAACUGUCUCAACAGACAUGAGAGUAUUGAUUCGGGAUCCUCAUCAGGAUCAAGUACACUGACUGAUCAGCAAGAAGACACAGAACAAAAAGAAUGUACUCAGCAAUUACGCGUUGCUGGUGAAGCUGAUAUUGAUCGUAAGAAUCCAUGUGACAAAAACAUACCAACAAAAGGAAUUCAAGAUAUUGCUUUGACUGGAAGGAUGUUAUCAAAAAGUAUAGAGACACUUGUACAUAGAGAUGAAUUCGGAGGAAACAUAUCGGCAAUAAGUACUCUAAAAAAUGCUGCUCCUAAAGAAGAGAGGGAAGAAGCUAUGGAGACAUUACUUGAACUUUGUGCACAACUACUAAAACGAGAAAGGCUUGAAGAACUUGCUGGCGUGCUGAAACCAUUCGGGGAUGAAGAAGCUGUAUCAUCGAGAGAAACAGCAAUUUGGUUGACAAAAGGGUUAAUGAAUAUUCAAAGACAAGGUGGAGAAGUUUAG